UGGGCGGAAUCGUGCUCAGAAAGCAGCCGUCACACACACGCACGCACGCACGCACGCCUGCCGCUCGCCCAGCGCUCUCCGGAGGGUCGCCUUCGCAGCCAUCCACCGGCUCCUUCCGGUCAUUGCGAUCAUCCUCAUUUCUUAGCUGUCACGGCACUUUAGCCCCCCAGUUCGUCCAGCUGGGCUCGUCCCAACCCAAUCGAAAGGGGAAGAAAGUUUGACUUGCUACCUUGCCUGCUGGAGAGCCUGUCCUGCAGAAAUGUCGCAGAAGGAGAGACCUACUUUCUACAGACAGGAACUGAAUAAGACGAUAUGGGAGGUACCGGUGCGCUACCAGAACCUGACUCCAGUUGGAUCCGGUGCCUACGGAUCCGUAUGCUCAUCGUACGACAGCAAGUCAGGGCUGAAGAUUGCAGUGAAGAAGCUGUCCCGUCCGUUCCAGUCCAUCAUCCACGCCAAGAGGACCUACCGCGAGCUGCGCCUCCUCAAACACAUGAAACAUGAAAACGUGAUUGGGCUCCUGGACGUCUUCACGCCAGCCACCAGCUUGGAGGAGUUUAACGACGUGUACUUGGUGACUCAUCUCAUGGGUGCGGACCUCAACAACAUUGUCAAGUGUCAGAAGCUCACAGACGACCACGUGCAGUUCCUCAUCUAUCAGAUUCUGCGGGGGUUAAAGUACAUCCACUCGGCAGACAUCAUCCACCGAGACCUUAAACCCAGUAACCUGGCUGUAAAUGAGGACUGUGAGCUGAAGAUCCUGGACUUUGGCCUGGCACGGCACAGCGAUGAGGAGAUGACAGGCUACGUGGCGACGCGCUGGUACCGUGCACCAGAGAUCAUGCUCAACUGGAUGCACUACAACAUGACAGUGGACAUCUGGUCUGUGGGCUGCAUCAUGGCUGAGUUGCUCACGGGACGGACCUUAUUUCCCGGCACCGACCAUAUAAACCAGCUUCAGCAGAUAAUGCGGCUGACGGGGACCCCCCCUGCCUCGCUAAUAAGCAGGAUGCCCAGUCACGAGGCCAGAAACUACAUCAGCUCUCUGGCCCAGAUGCCCAAGAGGAACUUUGCUGACGUGUUCAUUGGAGCAAAUCCACAGGCCGUAGACCUGCUGGAGAAGAUGCUGGUCCUGGACACCGAUAAGCGAAUCACGGCAGCCGAAGCUCUGGCCCACCCCUACUUUUCCCAGUACCAUGACCCGGAUGACGAGCCUGAAGCAGAACCCUAUGACCAGAGCUUUGAGAGCCGCGAGUUGGAUAUUGAGGAGUGGAAACGACUCACCUAUGAGGAAGUGAUCAGCUUCAAGCCCCCGGUUUUAGACUGUGAGAUGGAGAUGUGAGCGCGCUGGCAGCUUGCUCCCACCGAUGUACCACCCCUCACACCAUGUGGACUUGUACUGGUGGACAGACUGUUUAGUACCGGUUCUGACACUGGCUUCCCUUCUAGGUUUGAGGUUCAGUGGGCAAAGGGCUCAGACUUCAGCCUAAGGCGCUUCUCCAUGAGUAUCCUGCAUGCGGUGUGGCCAUGCUUUGGUUGGGUCUCAGGACUGCAAUAUUUUUAAGCAGGUGUGUUAUUGCACAGUGAGGUAUGGCGUGGGACAUAAAAAUUUGGUUAGCGGUUAUUUUUCAAAUUUUGGACAACAGUCUCACUUGAAAAUGUCUUAUUUUUGUAGUGAAUGAAUGCAGAUUAGAAAAGUAAAUUAUUUCUUUAGUCCGCCACAUUAUCAGCAGUGUCUAAUCCUCUCAUGAUCGACAUUUUAAGAGAGAGUGGAAGUCGGUACACCUAUUGUGGCUAUGAAAAAUGGCCUUUCUUUCUCUUAAAAAUUAAAAUGUGUCAACCCGGGAUUUGGGAAGGGGACAGUCACUGGAUUCUGGCCCAAAAGGCCUCAUUUAUCAUCAAAAACUUGAGUAAUUUGCAGGUGUGGUUUGGGAAAUGUUUCCACAGUUUGAAGUACGAAACAAUUUUGCAGCACUGGGCUGAACCAGACCCUCCCCGCCCGAAAGUGCACAUGCAGGACCCACCAAGGUGUUGGCCAGUAUCUGCCUUUUUACGUCAUGCAUUGCCCAGUUGUUUUUUCCCAUUUAACUGGUUUUAAGUCUUUGGGGUAUUUAAUAAGAAAAAAAAUCUCACUGCCUUGUUAUCUACUGGUCUUUUUCCCCUACCCUAAAUUCCAACUGGUCCCAGUGCCAGACUUCUGGAAUGUUACUGACCUGGAGGGUGGACCAGCUCAAUCUUCAGCUAUACAGGCGGAGACCAUCCGGGACGUAAUGGAAGUCCCAUCCAGUACAAUCUCCUCUGAACUACCAUGAUAUUAUCCAAUUUGUAUAUGUAUUUUUAUACAACAAAACAGAAUCAUCAGGCCAAAAACCAGUAUGCCUUCAAAGACCAUUUGAGUGCGGUAGUAUUGUCAGGUGGUUCUGUGCAGUGUUCUGUAUAAUUCCUGGCCGAAUUGACAAGUGGAUUUUGCUGGAAACAGUCUUGUUCAUUUCAGAUGACCUGCCAGAGGCCUCUGAACGACAACAAUGAGUUUGUUUCAUAAAAUACAAGUACUCCAAAAUGUAAAUAAAUACUAGUUACUGCCUUCUGUGCUGUUGUCUUCAUCAUACUGCAUUUUGAUUAUUUCAUCAGCAUUAUCUCUGUGGAGUUUGUCUUUUUGUCUUUAAUGGUGUACUUAAUGUAGCUGGACUGUCACGUGAAUAUCUGAUGUUAUGGCAAGACGCAUUGUAUUGAGACUGUUGAUUUAGUUUUUUCUGGAUGAUGAACAUGCUUUACUUAUAAAGAUUUUAAGACCACUAUUUUAUGUACUGAAUUCAUCCACCACACUGGGCUGUGUGACCGUUAACAUUAGGUACCACUUUAAAAUAAAGGCUAUUUUGUACCGUU